UCAUCCACUAGUUUCUUAAAAUAUCGGCAGGUGACACAAUCAUCGUCUAUUAUCGUGAAGAUCGUUAAUGGUGGAAUUUGGAGGAAGGUGUAUUGAUGGAAGUGAGGAAUUGAAGUAUAUUGAGGUUGUGUUUACGGAAGGAAUAUGGGAGGUUCGCAAAGCUCUAAUACAAGGAGAAUAUCAGUUACUAAUGACGAUCAGUCUGGUGUUAUCAAAGUGUCAGAUUCUAUAGUACAGCGACUGAAAGGUGGAAAAGAAGUUAAGGAUAGUCAAUCUGAAUCUCGUCCAGAUCAAGAAGCGGCACUACGAGAAAAUGACCAGUACUGGGAAAAAAGGUUGAAGACGAUUGAAGACAACCAUAAGAAGAUCAACAGGAGAAUGGAAGAAGAAUACAAGAAAGCUACAAAAGAGAUCGAGGAACUGUUUUCACGUUUGCCAGCAAAACUUGAGCAACCGCCUUGCACGAAUGCUGGACAGCAUGUCAAGAAAUGUUACCAGCAGAAUCCUAGGGAAGUACUAAAUUGUGCCAAGGAAGUAGAAGCCUUUGCGGCUUGUGUGGAUAUGAAACGAGUAAAUCUUCUUGAUAGCAGACAGUAGUAUGACAACGAAUUGAGCAGAUUUGUAGUUUUCACCUACAUACUGGCAUUAUUUCUGUUUCUGUUUGUAGUGCUGUUGGCAUUAUUUCUGUUUGGGUUUAUACCUCUUGUUAUGUUAUAUGGUUUCCAUUUUAUUUAAAAAUGUUUCAGUUACAAAUUACAGUGUGUUGCGUUCGUUUAAGUUAAAUGUUUUGGUAUGUUAACAUAUAGUUUGAAGUGAUGCCCAGCGGUUUGGUUUAGUACUGUAUAUAUUCAGUUCUUUAAAAGGAAUUUAUUUAAUAUAUUUCAUUUCUACUUGUCAGUACCAUAGAAGUGUUCUUUGCUGUCUAAUAAGAUUAUGAAUAGGUUACAUAUUGAAAUAUAAUUUCAAGCGAGGUAAUUGCAAUGUAAUUUGUGAAGGAGUAACAUUAAAUUGGCUUUGCAAAGUAUUA